UCGGCGCGGUAUUUUAAACAAUCCUAUCGUUUCGCCAGCCAAUCCAAAAUGAUGCAACAUCGAGUCGGACUAAUCCGUACAUGACUGAAGCAGAGAAGUCAAAGAUUUCCAGAAUACACUCGUGACAGAGAUUUCGGCAAAGUUGACUGAGUGAAUGUAAAAGAAUGGACGUGGUGUCGCCUGAGGUGAACAGCAUCCUCCCUGAUGAGAUUAUGGACUCUGAGGCCAUGGAGGAGGACCCCCCUGUCGAGACCGGAGUGCCAUCCACCCCCUCGGAGCCCGAACUGGCUCAGGUUCCUAUGGAGACAGAGGUACCUGAAAUAGUCACCUUGUGUCCUGCUGCCACGCCGACUCAGAAGACGGAAGCUAUGACCACCUUAACUACCACAAACUCCACUCUGUGUAGUAUCAGCUCCGGAAAACAGCUUCUCAUGACAUCAUCUUCUUCUGCUAGCCUAAGGACCACUACCACUAUUAACAGCACUCAGCCCAGCAGUCCAUUGGUGGGCCAGAGUGUCACCAAGCUUUUAGGCUCGUUAACGCCCACAGUCAACCACCAGAUCAUUAUAAACAAAGUGACUGCAGAUGGAAAGUCUCCGGGCACUGCAGUGCUGAAACCAGAAGGUCAGAAACUACUGGUCACUGGUUUAAGUAAAACGGGGCAGCCAAUAGUGUUGGCUUUGCCAAACACAUGGAGCAAGCCAGCCACAUCUCAGGGGGCAGCAGGCGACAACAAGGCUCAGCCAACACAGUUUAAGGUGGUGACUGCAGGGACAAGGACGGAGCUGAAGCCUGUGAUUGGGGUACAGGCUGUAAGCUCUGCCAGCCAGCUGUUGGGUUCUUCCUCUCUGCUGCAGGGCCAGCAGCUCAAGACUGUACAGAUUACAAAAAAGACUCCAGUUUCCACAGCGGGGCCAAUGAUAACGAAGCUGAUCAUUACGAAAGCUCUUAACAACAAGGGAUUGGCGAGCCAAGCCACCGUUACUCCUGUUCUUACAGGGCGGGUCCUUACCCAGAGUACUCCAGUAACCCCACCACGCACCAUCACAAUUGGAGAGACCAUCAACACAACACCACAAAGCAUCUCCAGCAGUAGUAACAGCAAAGUAGCCAUUUCUCCUCUCAAAUCACCCUGCAAGAUCACAGUCACAGGGCCACUUCCCAGCUCUCCCAAAAAGCCUGUGACUAUUCCACUGAAUGUAGCUCUGGGCCAGCAAAUCCUCACUGUGCAGCAGUCUUCAUCAACCUCUCCAGCUAAAGCAGGAACUAGCCAGCCCAUGGCACAGGCAGUAAAACCAGUGCAGACAGUGACUGUGGGUGGGGUCAGCACCUCUCAGUUUAAGCCCAUCAUCCCUUUUACCACACCCCCUAACGUUCAGCAAAUCCAGGUACCCGGCAGCCGCUUCCAUUACGUGCGCCUAGUCACAGCUACCACUGGGAGCACUGCACAGACGGGUAGCCCGAGCACUACCACCAACCCGUCCAUUCAAACUGCCAAACCCAUGGUAAUGAACACUGGUGCAGUUCGGAUGUCUGUUCCUAUAAUCCCAGCACAGACAGUCAAACAGGUGGUGCCCAAGUCCAUAACCUCAUCAGCCCAGGUGAUGACCACCAGUCAGACUCAGCAGCGACUCAUCAUGCCGGCCACUACACUGCCUCAGAUCCAGCCCAACCUGACCAGCCUGCCCCCGGGCACUGUGCUUACGCCUGCUCCGGGCUCUGGAAAUAUGGGCUAUGCUGUGCUGCCUGCACAAUAUGUUACACAGAUUCCGCAGUCUGCAUUUGUGACCUUGGCCAGCUCCUCCAGUUUCUCUACAUCCACAACCAUUCAGACCCAAGCCAGGCUUCCACUUAAUGGUUUAUCAUCUUCAGAGACGACCUCAAGACCACGGAAGCCUUGCAACUGCACCAAGUCACAGUGCCUUAAACUGUAUUGUGACUGCUUUGCCAAUGGGGAGUUUUGUAACAACUGCAAUUGCAUCAAUUGCUUCAACAACCUUGACCAUGAGAGUGAGCGGCUUAAAGCGAUUAAGGCUUGUCUGGACAGAAACCCAGUGGCAUUCAAACCCAAGAUUGGAAAAGGAAAAGAAGGUGAAUCAGAACGAAGACACAGCAAAGGCUGCAACUGUAAAAAGUCGGGCUGUCUGAAGAACUACUGCGAGUGUUAUGAGGCUAAAAUUAUGUGCUCAUCGAUCUGUAAGUGUGUGGGCUGUAAAAACUUCGAAGAAAGUCCAGAGAGAAAGACUCUGAUGCAUUUGGCUGAUGCUGCAGAAGUUCGUGUACAGCAGCAGACUGCUGCAAAAACAAAACUGUCCUCACAGAUCUCAGAUCUGCUCACCAGAACCACACCAGCCAUCAGCAGUGGAGGGGGAAAACUGCCAUACACGUUCGUAACGAAGGAGGUUGCCGAAGUGACGUGUGAAUGCCUGCUCGAGCAGGCGGAGAGGUCUGAGCGCUACAGCACGCCAGCAGUCUUGGCUGAGAAGAUGAUUCUGGAGGAGUUUGGUCGUUGCUUGCGCAGAAUUAUCAGCUCCGCUGCCAAAGCAAAGACGGACUGCUCUGUCAACUGCUAGACUCUCCCAGACUGCACAGGGGGCCGGAACGCAGCUCCACUGUUAGUUUGAUUGGACAGACUGAGCAGAUCGGAGCUUUGACUCUGCGAGGCUGAGAAGGAGAAGCAUCUAUGCAGAUCCUGAAGGAGCUCCUGCAGAGGGACUACGCUGGGCGCAGAGGAAACCACUCUGGCAUAGAUAUUCUUCUAUAGACUUCUUAAAGCCUGCGUGGAGAGGAAAACUGACUGGAUCAGAGGAGCUGUACAUAUGCUAUACAGACAUGCAGCACACAUAAGGACUCUGUUUCCUAUUAGCUCCUUCUGCAUCCUGUGUGUGCACUGGUGCAUGCUUGUACAGGUUUUUCAUUUGGAGGGAAUUUGAUUUUAGUAAUUUUUUAUGGUAGCUAUAUUGUUUCUUCUCUCAGCACAAACUUGGCCUUCACCUUUUAAAAUCUG